UAAAAUUAAGAGUUUAUGAUUUGGCAUAGUACUUUUAUACGAAAUAGCACUUGGAACUUGACAUUGUUGAAGAAAUUCGCGGCAAUUUUUCUCCCAAUUUGAAGAAAUUCAACGGAACAAAUGGUUUGGGGGUUCUUUCCUGUUAACCCACUUUCAGGAGAGGAGAAGUACUAUAUAUACACAAAGGGAACAUACAAAGUGGGCAGAAAAGGUUGUGAUGUGAAUAUAACAAAUGAUAAAGGUGUUUCACGUAUACAUGCUGAGAUCAUUGUAGAUGUAAUGGAAUCUUUGAAACCUGCUGAGAAGAGAUCAUCUAGCAUCUCCUCCAAAGUUAGGAUAAGAGAUUGCUCCAAGUAUGGAACAUUUAUUGUGAAAGAUUCUGGCAUAAAAGAAAAAGUUCAUGAUUGUCCAGGCAAAGAAAUAUAUUUGAAAGUUGGGGAUUUGGUCAAAUUUGGCUCCGGAGAUCUAACAUACAGAUUUUCUUAUGUCCCACUAAAUUUCUACCUUUGCAAUUUCACAAGCUCCCAAGGAACUCCUUUUACACAAGAUAAAAUAUCAUCUAUAGGUGCUUGUGUUUCACAUGAGUGGACUAAGGAAUGCACACAUGUACUUGUGGAUCCAUUCAUGCCUGUUACCGAGGAAGUAAUUGAUAUCGUUCUGUCUAAGAAACCUGUUGUACUAAGUACUUGGCUGGAGAUUAUUGCAGGAACUAGGAUACACAGUGAAAUUCCAAGUUACAGUCAAUACAUUCCGACGUUGACUUUGGAUGGUGAAUCAGUAUCGAUAGCAGAUACCAGGACUCGUGAAAAUUGCUUAAAAGGAUACACUUUUGUGUUGGGUUCUGCAAAUAAGUAUAGAUUCAAAGAUAGGGUGCAAUCAUUGCUGGAGGUUGCUGGUGCAAAAGUUCUUUCAAUUAACUAUUUUGAUAAUAAUAUCCAGGAUCAAGUGGAAACCGACAAGUGUUUGGCGCUUGUAAUCCCUGCUGAUUCAGCUGAAAAAUUCUGCCUUGAUAGCUCACUGUCUAAAGUAAAUGAGAUCAAAUUGAUUUCUGCAGUUUUAUCAGGGUAUCUUGAUCCGUCAAUCAUCAUGUCCUCAUCCAUAUUAGUCUCUUCUUCAUGUUCAACCGACGAGACAGUGGUUGCAGACUCCGAUGCAGAAGCAGAAACAGCUACUUCAGAUCAUCCAAGUAUGGCCAAUUUAGUUGUUGGACAUGCAAGUUAUGAAAGUGAAAUGCAGAUAUAUAAAAAAAAUACUGGUUCUCUGUGUAUAGGUGCUAUAAGUGAAGAAUUGAUGAUGCAGAAUAAAACAAAAUAUUUCAGUGGAACAGAGGCUACUGACUGCAUGAAUAUUGACAAGAAAUCUGCAAAUAAAGAUGCUUCAUCACCAGAAGUUGGUGAAGUUCUGAGUUUUUUGGAGCCAAAGAGGGAAGCAGCCAAUGCAAGGAACGAUGAUUUGGAAAGUUGGAACCUAGAUAUUCUUUAUAGCCAAAAUUUAAUUGUCAGAAAUACUAAUACAAAUGACUCAGUGAGUUCUGUAUCAGACGGUGAAGUUGUUAAUUUCAAGCGUUUUAGAAAGACUAACAUUCAGUCUGGGAAUAGCUUUAGCAACCUUGUUCCAUAUUCAAAAUAUCCAUAUACUGAUUCUGACUAUGAUAAGGAAGUAGUUGAAUAUGUGAAGGAUGAGAAAAAGAGGAAACAGAUGGAAGCAAUGGCAGAGGACUUGUUCAAAAAUGAACGGGGAUGGCGUCGUGGAGUUGCUGGUUCUAUUCAGGAAAUGCUGAGUCGUAACUGACGCAGAAGGAACACUUGAAGGCGUGUACUUGAGGAACAAAGACUUGAAGAACAUUGGAGGAUCUUCCGGUGGAUCACUUAAGAUUUUGCCAACAUCUCACAUAUAUGUUGAAGAGUGACAUGCUAGUAAAAUGUAAACACUUCCAUCAUUUAAUGCUCCAUGUUUGUCGAUGUAAGUUAUUCCACAUGAUUUUUUAAGAAAUGAUGAUAUCAUGUCUUGCUUGGAAAUUCUAGGAUUGUGUAUGUGAAAUUAAAGUGCUGUGAAGUUUUCUAGUCAAUAUACGGCUAUAAUAUGAUAUCAUGCCAUAUGCUCGUUUGAUUGCCAAUGUGAGAAGUCUGUAAAAUGUGUAUUCUCUUAAAUUACUUAACCUCGAGUUA